CGUUGUGCUGUCGACUGGAAUAUAGCAAUACUUGUAAUGGUUAGGCCGUGUAUUAUCGACAUCUAUUAUAUGACACGCAGUGGUGGACUAUUGGUUACUCUGGGAAAAUUCAGUAUUCUCUACGGCUUUAUGCAAUACAUGUUUAUUGUGGCCAUGUUGAAUUUUGGGUGGCGUAGGAAUUAAGGUUGCAGCCAUCAUGAUUAAAUUCAAACUUUACGCUGUGCUUCUAAUGGUGUUAUGUUAUAUAUGUAGCUGCAGUGCCAGUAUGCUUUGUUAUAACCAGACCAUUCACACUGUACCUGGACGCGAGCAUGUAGACUUCACACUAUUUGACGGGUCAAUGGAGACGAUAAGCUGCGAGGAUGGAUUUGGAUGCUCGAAAACUCUCAUUAAAGACGGCAGGAAACUUUUAGGGGUAACGAGGGGAUGUGGAAUAUACUCCUGCCUUGGCAAGUCGCUAUUUAGAUUGGAUGGAUUUCGUUUAUACACCCACUGCUGCCAGGAUCCGUUUUGCAACAGCGCUGGAGCAGUGAACUCUGACCUCUUGGUCCUCGCAAUAUCAUUGGCUAUUGGUUGGCUAAUAAGGACACAGUAAGACAGUCGCGUGGUUGUUCGGACCACGUUGAGACAAUGUUAAUUUGAGUGGAAGGGGAAAUUCGAUUUUUCAAACUGAGUUUUAAUCGUUUAGGGAAUGGAAGGAUCUGUGCAUGUUCAGCCACAUCGGAACAUUGAAGCUGUGACCUUAGAUUCUGUCAUCAUCCUAGCGUCAAUUGUGCACGGUGCUACAUCAUCAAACGGGUCUCGGAACUGGAGUCAAAGCCGAUUUUUUUUUUUUUUUCAAUUUAAAUUUAAAUUUCAUUUCAUUUAUUCUGGUUAUGAAACAAAUGACUUUCAUAAAAAGCGAGUUUAGGUUAAUUACUGUACAUAGCCAAUAAACACUGGAGAGAAGACGUUUUGAAAGUAGCUUUCAAAUAAGAUGUGAAGAAGCUGCGCUAGUACACCCGGCUGUUGUUCUUUAAGACACCGGGUGGGAUACCAGGGGGCACUUUUUUACCGUGGAAGAAAAGAUCUCACGCCGUGCCCGCCUAGUAUGGUCUUUUCGAAAUCACUGAUUGGGUUUGUUGUCGGGAUUUGCUCUGUCGUUUACUAAGAAAACGUGCACGCAAGAAGCCCGAUCCCAAGCCUACGCACAUGCCUUGGUUUCGAAAAUGGCCCGUGUACCCCUUAUAGAGACUGGAAGUAUACCUUUUGGAUUAUUGCUCACCAUCGUUGUUGUGGAACACAAGAAACACGCCAAAACCUUCCUCCAAAAUACUUGCACAUUUUUCAUUUUUAGUUUAGUUUCAGUUUUGGUUUAAUGUUUAGGAAUUAUGCGGAUAUUGAAGCUUUGCAGUGUGGGAAGGAAAAUUAUAAACCUUUGAUUUUUCGAAUCGUUGGAUUGUUUUAAUCUAUCAUAAAAAUAUUGAUAUAAGCAAUAAAACAAAACUGUGAAAAUUUGA